UUCAUUUUCUUUUAAGGUAACUUUCAUCCAUGUCAAACCUGAGGUAAUCUAAACUUGUGCAAAUCGCAGUCUUUACCUCAUUCCUGUUCCUGGACUGCAGAAGGCUGGAUCACUUUUAUUGGUCUUCGGGGAUAUGAUUUAGCAAGAACUUGUGGUUGAUAAAAAUGAUACAAUAUAGAUGAAGAAUCUCAGGGCAGUGAAGCACCAUUACUCACUCCCCCUUGCUGCCUGUGUGCUCCAAGCAACAUGGUAUUAGUGCAGUACACAUUUUGCCAAAACCUCAGAGGAAAAUUACAGUGUUGUGGAGUUGAGUCAGGUCUGACUGCAUUACCAAGAACUUCUCAUGCAGAAGAAGAAGAAAAAGAAGAAGACUUUAUUUCGUCACAUUGAAAUUCUUUCUUCACAUGCAGUAUACUAACUUUGGAGUUUGGGGUCAGAGCACAGGAUCAGACAUCAUACAACAUGGCUGUGGGAUUUGUAGCUCUGUGGACUCUGACAUGGACCAUCAGUGCGGCAUCGGAGAAUGAAACUGCAGGUGUCUGUAUAGACCACGGAGUAGUGUUCGAGCGUGUGUUUGCAGUCCCACAUGAGGCAGCGCUGUUAGACUGUGAACCGGUGAAGGUUUAUCUCUUUGAUUUAUUUAACAUCCCUUAUAACGUGACGUGGUUUGACCAGAGGACUGGGCUGAAGUUCACAGGAGAGGAGAACCAUACUGUUCUACAUGGAUCUUCACUGUUGUUCCUUAACACUUCCACGGAACACCAGGGCCACUAUUUAUGUGUUGUCAGAACUCCAGAUCAGUGCUACAAGCAGGUGAAGGUUCUUCUGGUAGAGGACAAGGUGUUUGGAUCAUGCCGCUCUUCUCGGACAGCAGUGCAGCGGAUGCAGAAUAUCAUGAACGACAACCUGAGGUGUCCUUUAUCUGACUACACGAACAUAGCGGACAGCUACUCCAUACACUGGUACAAGGACUGUGAAAGUAUUCAGGAAGGAUCCAAGUUUCACUUCACAGAGAACAACCUCAUGCUCCACGUACGCAAAGUUUCCCUAGAUGAUGCCGGGUUUUAUACCUGCAGGAUGACCUUUAACUGCACUGGAGUCAUUAGUGUAGUCACACAGACCAUCAAUUGUGAAAUAACUGAGUCCAUAUCAAAACGACCUCAAAUGCUGGAGCCAACUGAGAACACCAUGAAAGUAUCUGCAGGAUCUUUGAUUAACACGACAUGUCGCGUGUUUUUACCUGGCAAAGGAGUUCACAUGACGUUGGUAGUCUGGGAGUUUAAGGGCCAAUACGUUUCACCGAACACCUCAGAGCGCAUCCACCAGGGACCUCAGGAGGAGAUUCAGGUGGAUGAGGGCUGGUGGUUGGAGCGCAGCCUGUUUGUGUCUCGGGUAAAACCAAAAGAUUUUAACCUGACCUUCACCUGCAAGGCUUCAAGCCACAGAGGAACUGCAGUUGGAUACUUUACCCUCCAACCUGCAGAUCCUGAUCUGCUCCUGCCGAUCGGACUCCUGGCCACGACAAUGGCUCUUCUUUUCAUCGUGGGACUUCUCCUGUACCGAGUGUUUAAGGUGGAGCUCACUCUGCUCUUCCGGACCCUGUUUCCUUUCUUUUAUGCAAGCACAGAUGGUGAUGGGAAAUUGUACGAUGCCUAUGUGGUGUAUCCACGAGGUCAAGGAGAUGCGCUGAGUGAAGCGGUUGAGACUUUUGUUCUGAAGACGCUGCCCCAGGUUCUGGAGGGACACUUUGGGUACCGGCUCUUCAUCUUAGGUCGGGAUAGUCUACCUGGACAAGCUGUGGCAGACGUAGUGGACGAGACGAUGAAUCUCUGUCGUCGUCUGAUGCUGCUGUACACCAGCUCGUCUCUGAGCAGGACAGACGGCACAUCGUGGUUCGAGCAGCAGGCAGGCCUCCACCGUGUCUUAAUGGAUGACACACUCUCUGUGAUGCUGCUGGAGAUGGAGCGGCUCCAUGAUCCCUCCACCCUCCCUGAGUCACUGCGUGUUCUGCGGCAUAAGCAGGGGGCUCUACAGGCCUGGAAGAGGCGGAGGAGGUGGAUGUGCACAAGUAUGGAGGAAGAUGGAGAAGAGGUCCAGACAAGUCUUUCUUCAUUUACUUUGUCUGCUCGCUUCUGGAGGAAAGUGCGCUACUACAUGCCAGUGAGAGGCAAAGCCAAGCGUCACUCAAAGAGAAAGAUUUUCUUGAACUUGUGACUGGACUCAUUAAAUGUUGGUGCAAAAUUACAACGAGAAACAGAGCCCAGGUUUAAUGAUGUGGAGUCUCAAAAGUCUGCACCAUGAUGCACUGCAAUGCAAUGAGACCACUGCAAAUAAAAUAGGCCUGAUGAAAAAGCCUUGAAUGGGAAGAGACUUGAGAACGCAGAGAAUCAUUCGCUUCAAUUCUGGUGUUCACCCUGGUGGUGUUCAACACAGGCUGAGCUUUCUAGUUUAAAUCAAUCCAGCAGACAAAUGAUACAGAACACAAACAAACCCAAAUGUCAAAACUGCUGAUUAUCUAGUAGCACAAUCAGACCAGUCACCUUUGCAGAAAUGAUGUAAGCAGAUUUUUUUUUUGCUGCAGUCUGGUAAGAAAUAUGUGUCUGCUUAAGUCUGCUGUGAUUCCUUGAGAGUUACGCUGUCAGUCUGUUAGCAGUAUUUAUUAUCGUAUGAGCUCUGUGUGUUAGUGCUGAUUUUUUGCCACUGGAAGCCUGACACAAGGUCUUUUUUCCACUGAAGUCUGUCACAAAUUUAUAGAAAAUCUUUGAAGAGAAAAUCAGAAGUAAAUGUAAUGUAGUGUAAAUGUAAUACACUGUGUGUAUUAUUGUGUUAAUAUUCUCAGGGAAGUGUGAGAAACGGAUGGAGAUUUAAAAAAAAAAAAGCACCACACACACACACACACACACACACACACACACACACACACACACACACACACACA